AUGUCGUUUUGUACAAAACAAGAUGAUGGAAAAGAUAAAGUUAUAUUUUUAACAAAAAAUGAUUUAAGUUCUCCAUCUACAAUUAAAACUAAAGAAGAUGAACCAUUUGAUCCAUGGGAACAACAUGGUUUAAUUUUACCAAAUGGUUCAAUUAAUUGGGAUUGUCCAUGUCUUGGUGGUAUGGCUUCAGGUCCAUGUGGUAUAGCAUUUCGUCGAGCAUUUACGUGUUUUCAUAAUAGUGAUUCAAAAGCUAAAGGUUCUGAAUGUUUUUCAGAAUUUUCAAAAUUAAAUGAAUGUUUUUCUAAAUAUCCAAAUUUAUAUAAAAAUGAAGAAAAAUCAUCAUCCAAUACUCAACAAGCAACAUCAGCUAUAACUGAUGCACUCAAUAGUCAAACAUAA